GAGAUUAGAGUGAGAUAAAGAAACAUGUGAAGCUAAAGAUGCAGGGGCUGACUCUUGUUUGAUGGUGUUUCAGCUUAAUGGGUUAAGGUCGGGGGCUUGUAUCUGAGUGUUGCCUGCUCAUCAGCCCAUGAUUAGACAUUAGAGUGGGUAUAAGCCAGGAUCUGUCUCCUCAGGGCUGCGUGAGAAACACACGAUAUAAUAGAUGUGCACAUUCCCUAUAAAUUUAAAUUCCUAAUGAUGUUGGAGAAGCUGUGCCCCAGGCAGCUCCUUUAAGAGGACGGUUCCUUUAAGAGGCGGGCACCAGCCUUGCUAACAAAGGAAGUCCCCGCCCACGGUUGCCAAGGUGCUGCGUGGCGUCGCAUUCUCAUUGGUGGGCGGCGGUGGUGAGGCAGCCAGCGGCAGCCAUUUCCAACAAGCUGGCGGGGGCGAAAGAUGGCGACACCCGUCGGGUGGUCGCAGGGGGGGUCAGGAUCGGUGUGUCUCGCCUUCGAUCAACUGCGGGACGUGAUUGAGUCUCAGGAGGAACUGAUCCACCAGCUGAGGAACGUGGAAGAGAAAGCUGCCCAUGCCAAGACCAAGGUCCUCCUGGCCAAGGAAGAGGAGAAGUUGCAGUUUGCCCUUGGAGAGGUAGAGGUGCUGUCUAAACAGCUGGAGAAAGAGAAGCUGGCCUUUGAAAAGGCGCUCUCCAGUGUCAAGAGCAGAGCCCUGCAGGAGUCCAGCAAGAAGGACCAGCUCAUCACCAAGUGCAAUGAAAUUGAGUCUCACAUUAUAAAGCAAGAAGAUAUACUUAAUGGCAAAGAGAAUGAGAUUAAAGAGUUGCAGCAUGUUAUCAGCCAGCAGAAAGAGAUCUUCAGGAAUCACAUGUCUGACUUCCGGAUCCAGAAGCAGCAGGAGAACUAUAUAGCCCAGGUGCUGGACCAGAAGCAUAAGAAAGCCUCAGGGACGCGUCAGGCCUGGAGCCACCAGCGUGCCAGGGAAAAAUAAAAUGGUCGUCGCCUUUCUGUUCUCUGGCUGUAA